AUGCCUUUUAUUAAGGAUGGUGAAAUCGUAAGAGUUCCGAAUUCAACGGUUUACACAGCUGUUCAAAACAGUUUACAAAACAUUUUAGCGAAUAUCUUUAAUUCAGAAACUACAGAAAUAAAAUUACCAUAUAUAACAGAUGCUAAAGAAAUUAAAUCAAAAACGACAACAUUAUUUACGUCACUUAAUGAUUUAAUGACUUAUAUCAUUAAUAUUCCUGCACCAACUACAGCAUUUGAUCCAAACUCGACGGUUUGCAGUGUACCUUUCAUAAAGUCGCAAACGGACUCUUUGAGUCCUGAAGGUCUUUCAGACCGAAGCGACCAGGGCGAAGCCCAUGACAGUUCAUUAAUUGUUUUAAGGGAUUCAACAGUUAAUGAAUCAUUAAAGGCGUCAUUAAUGAAAAUCAUUGAUUUUAAUUCAUUCACGAAUACAUAUAAUUCAUUCAUUAAUGUUUCAUAUGCUUCUAAAGAAGGUGAGCCAAAAACUAUCGAUAAAGCGGUGUAUGAAAUAAAAGCAUCAACGACGAAAUUGAAUUCGUUAACUUUUGACGGUGAUAGUUUCGUUAAUGACAUAACAUCGGGGAAAACAAUUUUAACGAAAGAAUAUUUAAAAUCUCAUGUUAGUGAGUUCGUUGAAAUUGAAAAAGAAGGUGGAAUUAAGUUCGAUCCACUGAAUUUCAUUUUCAGCUUAGCGAAUGCGGGUGUUAGUUUCGCUGAAUGGACAACUAUACAGAGUGAAAUAAAUGCAAUAUGGACGUUUUUGGGGUCAAAAGCGGGAAUGGGUGAGCUUGUAAAUGCUGCAAGAACAUUAGGUGAAACAGGAAAUUUUGUAGAUGGUUUUAAAAGACUUGUUUCAAAUGUUUUAACAAACACAAAGAAAUUAUUUAGAUAUACCAUACAUAACGGACGGAUUUUCGAACAGGUAGCAACAAACCCUCCGGUUAUGGCUGCGUUGAUGAUGGUUAGAGAUAUAAAACCACGUAACGACGGGAACGAAGAACAUGAACAACAGAGCCCAACGGGCUCAGAGCCACAUAGUGGCGAGGAUACUGGUCGGGUUAUUCAAGACAUUAAAAACGUGUAUCCUGAAGUUAUUGA